AUGACUACUCUGGCAAGGAAGCAGAAUUUGUCAAAUGACUACCAAGAGAACGAGAAAACUCAGCAUAACUGCUAUGAGUGGGAUGAAAACACACAAGGAAAAAACUCAGAAGAAGCAUUUAACAGUCCAAACGAUGGAAGAAUCAGGCAUAAUUGUAGGAGAAAUACGUUCACAACGCCAGAAAAUUCUAAUGAAAAUAUCAUUGUCACAACCAAGCCUACACAUAGACGUACAAUUAGUGGCUCACAUGAUUAUUAUUGUGAUUUAUUCAGCUUCUCAACAAAUCAGUCUCCUCCUUCAAGUGAAAUGGAAAAUAAAUACAAGAAAGUCAUAGCAUGGAUCUCAAAUAAUGAGUACUUAUCUGUAAAUGAAUCAAAUGAAUUUAAAUGAGAAGCUGAAGAAAUGAGGGGGAAUGAUGAAAAACAAACGAACUCUUGUAAAAAAGAGGUUAAAACAGUGCUUGAGCUUGGUGACUUUGAGGAAAUGAUAAAAGUCAUCAAUGAGAGAGAAAAUACGAUGAAGCAUUAUUUGCUAAAUUCACUUUUAAUUUGAAACGAAAUAUAUGCUUCAAUUUGAAAGGGGUUAAUUUUUUGAACAAAAUAGUUUUUUAUAGUAAAUAAAUACAAAAUUUUAACAUAAGAUGAAUAAAAAGAUUUUAAAUUUUAUUUGUGUAGUAUUCUAUUUAUUCCCCAUUUAAUAUAGAGCAAGAAAUAUAAAAAUUUUCGAUUUAUAUAAAAUUAGCCUUAUAUUAAAUUUGUGCCAAAUUGAAGGCAUAGCUAUUAUUAUUUUAGCUAAUUUUAUUUCAAUUUAAUAGCUAAUAUCCUUAAAAUCCAAAAUUACCAUCAUUUUUGAUCCAGCUUAAAGGGGGAUAAGCAAAAAGAAAGAAAUCAAGGAGUUUGCAAUAAAACAAAUUAAGCGAGCUGACAGUCCAGCCAGCGAUGCUGAUAAAAAGCAACAAAAAGGAUUGUUAAACAUAGAAAACAAUGAUAAUAAACUACAAAAAAAGAAAGAAAAAUUCACACAUAUGUCUGAACAAGUAAAAAGAGACCCUAUUGAAAAAAAUAAAGAUCAUUCUUCAACUGGAUUUUUCCGAAAAAGCAAUGACAAUAAAUCUGAAAUUAAAAAUUUCCUGCAUAAAUUGAGUGUAAAUAAAGGGAGCGAAAGCAAUGCAAUUCUGAUUUCAUCACGAAAAAUAAAUCUCGGAAAAAAGGAUAAAAAGGGUGAUAAUGAAAAACCUGAAAAGCUAGAAAAGCCAGACAAGCCUCGAAUUGUUCCCAAAAAGGAAGCUCGAACAGGAACAAUUCACCAUAGUCCUCUGCAAAAAAGAGGAAACAUUGAAAAAAUAGCAAAGCUCAUUCGCUAG